CUGUUGGUCUGUCUGGGGUACUGCAUGGUGUCUGCCGCUCAGCUCCCGCCUGAAGCGAGCAGGCAAGGGAGAGGGGACCCGGCUGGCAUGGCCGGCAUGUCCCCAAGUGUACGCGGUGAUGAGGGGAUCGAAAAUGAGAUCGAGAUCCAGUUCCCUGCCAACAACGGCGGGAAUGCUGCCUUCUGGAUGAUAACGGCCGCCUUGGACAGACGAAUCAGAAACACAGAGAAGAGGCUGGAGAGCCUUCAGAGGGAGAAUGAGAUGCUCACCUCAGCUCUGAGGGCGAUGGAGAGCAGGCUGACAUACAGGCUGAUGAAAGCAGAGAGCAGUGUGAAGGAACUCAGACGCGAUAUCUCAGAGAGCCCCAAGGUAGCGUUUUCAGCCUCGCUUGGGGACACUGGCAACAGAGGGCCUUUCAACACGGACAUAACGCUGACCUUCAAAGACGUCAUUACCAACGUAGGCAAUGCCUUCCAGCCCGCUACAGGCAUCUUCACCGCCCCGGUGAGGGGGGUGUACCUCUUCUCCGUGUUCGAGUGCUCCCUCUCCCCCCAGCCCGCCUCCGUGUCCCUGCAUCGCAACCAGGAGAUGGUGGUGAGCGUGGCCAAGGGGCAGACGCAGCGCGACGGGGCGGCCAACGGCUCCAACGGGGUGACCCUGCACCUGGAGCAAGGGGACCAGGUGUACGUGCGCCUCUGGAAGGACUCCUGGGUGUACGACAGCACGGCACACUACACCACCUUCAGCGGCGUGCUGCUCUUCGCCCAGUGAGAGGGAGCAGGGAGCGGCGCACGUAGACAUAUUUGGGGGCCUACUGUAUGUACAUUGAACUGGUGUUUUUCUUCCUCCACACACCUCAGCUGGCAGGUGCGUCGGAGAUGCAUGGCCCAUGGGUCCCUCAGCAGACAAUUUGAAAAAAAAAA